CGGGGAGCGCGGCGCUGCGCGAAGGGGUAAGGCCCGGGCGGCGGAGGUGAGAGCCGGCCGCAGCUCGCCGUGCCGUGCCGGGCCGUGCCGUGCCGGGCCGUGCCGUGCCGGUUUCCUCCGGUGUUGGGUUACAGCGCGGGCUCCGGGCGCUGGGUGGGGCGAAAGGAGCCCCGGCCCCGGCCCCGGCCCGCCUCUCCGCUCCCUCCGGGCACGGCGUGCGGCGGCGGGGGCUGCUCUCUCCGCCCGCCCGGGGCGGCCUCCCCCGGGGAUGAGCGGGCUGCGGCGGUUCUUCCGCGGCAGCGGGCGAGCGUUGGCGUUCGUCUUCGCCGCCUCCGUCGUCUGGCUGCUCCUCGACAUGGCCGCGCUCCGCCUCUCCCUCGGCGACGCCGGCGGGCGGCUGCUGAAGGAGGCGGCGGGGCGCGGGCGGGAGCGGGCAGGGCUGCCGCCGGGCAGCCCCCGGCCCGACCCCGCCGGGCUCCGCCGCGGGCGGAGCGGGGGCGGAGGCGGAGGGACGCCGGCGGCCCGCCGGGACCCCCCCCGGCCGCCGAGCCCCCCGCCCUCCUCCGCCGCCGCCGGGGGCCGGGGGCAGCGGGGAAGGCACGCCGAGGAGCAGCCCGCGGCUCCCCCGGGGGCUCGGCUGACCCCGCCGAGGCCGGCCGUCAACUCGAGAGGCGGCGCGGGGGCUGCCGCCGCGCCCGCAGCCGGCAAAGCCCUGCCGCAGGCGGCGGCGGAGUUUGGGACGGACCCCUCUGGAACCGGCGCCGGGCUGCAGCGGGCACCGCCGACCCGGGCAGGCGCCCCGCGGGCUCCCGACGAGCCCCCUUCCCCAGCCCCGCCGGCUCCCGGGCGCACCGAGCCCGCACAGCGGGCCGGGGGCGGGGGGGCGGGGGUGGAGGGACCCCGACGCCCCGGCGACGGGAGCCGGCAGCGACCUGCCGGCGGGCCGGGGAAAGCCGGCCGGGCAGCGGGGCCGGGAGCCGUGCCCGGGCGGGAGGAACCAGGAGCGGGAAGGAGAGCAACUGCCUCCGAACAUCGCUUCGUCCGUGUUAGCAAAGAGGGGAUCAAACCCCUCGGCCCAGCAGCCCCGCGCCUUGGAUCCGACUCCGCCGGGAAGUUCCCGAAGAGCCCGGAGAAGCGCGAAGAGCGGCAGCUCGCUGACGAGAACGGCGGCCGCGCUGCCAACGCCAUCGCCGGGGCUGCGGUGCGGGAUGGCCGGAGCCGGACGCUGGGUGCCACGCAAGGAGCAGCUCCCGGGGUGCCCGCUGGCAAGGGCGGGCAGGAGCAGGCGGGCGGCAGCAUCCCCGGAACGCACAGGGUCUUGUCGGUGGAUGCAACGCUUGCCCCGAGAGACCCUCGAGCUCCCGGCCAGUUUGGGCACCCUGUUGCAGUCCCUGACGAUAAACAAGAAGAAGCAAAAAGCAGAUGGAAGGAAGGAAACUUUAAUGUCUACCUCAGCGAUUUGAUCCCCGUAGACCGAGCCAUAGCGGACACCAGGCCUGCCGGGUGCUCCGAGCAGCAGGUUCACGACGACCUCCCGACCACCACCAUCAUCAUGUGCUUCGUGGAUGAAGUGUGGUCCACGCUCCUGCGCUCCGUUCACAGCGUCCUCAGCAGAUCUCCUCCGCACCUGAUUGAAGAAGUCAUUUUGGUGGACGACUUCAGCACUAAAGAGUACCUCAAGGAGAAGCUGGACAAAUACAUGUCGCAGUUCCCAAAAGUGAAGAUCCUCCAUCUCAAAGAGAGGCACGGUCUAAUACGGGCCAGACUGGCAGGAGCGGAGAUUGCCAAAGGCGCCGUCCUGACGUUCCUGGACUCGCACGUGGAGUGCAACGUGGGGUGGCUGGAGCCGCUGCUGGAGAGGGUCCGCCUGAGCCGGGCCAAGGUCGCCUGCCCCGUCAUCGAGGUCAUCAGCGACAAGGACAUGAGUUACAUGACCGUGGACAACUUUCAGCGUGGGAUUUUUACUUGGCCAAUGAAUUUUGGAUGGAGGCAGAUUCCACAAGAGGUCAUCGAGAAAAAUAAAAUCAAGGAGACUGAUAUAAUAAGGUGCCCAGUCAUGGCAGGUGGCCUGUUUUCCAUCGAUAAGAAGUAUUUUUUCGAGCUGGGAACAUAUGACCCAGGACUGGAUGUUUGGGGAGGUGAAAAUAUGGAGAUUUCAUUCAAGGUCUGGAUGUGUGGGGGAGAGAUUGAGAUUGUUCCAUGCUCCAGAGUUGGGCACAUUUUCAGGAACGACAAUCCUUAUUCCUUCCCGAAAGAUCGGGUGAGAACGGUGGAGAGGAACUUGGCCCGUGUUGCGGAGGUCUGGCUGGACGAGUACAAGGAGUUAUUCUAUGGCCAUGCUUACCACUUAGUCUUGAAAAACCUGGAUGUCGGCGACCUGACUCAGCAAAUCCAACUGCGAAAGAAGCUUCAGUGCAAAAGUUUCCGGUGGUACCUGGAGAACGUCUACCCGGACCUGGAAGCUCCCCUGGUUAAAGCCAGCGGGCUGCUUGUUAACGUAGCCAUGGCAAGAUGCGUCACUGUGGAAAACACCACUCUAGCAUUUGAGGCAUGUGACGUUAACAACAAGAACCAAAAGUUCAACUACACCUGGCUGAGGCUGAUCCAGCACGGAGAGCUCUGCGUCGCGCCGGCGGGCGCUGCGGGAACGCUGGGCCUGCGCCGCUGCGAGGACAGGAGCCACAGCCUGGCGUGGCUGCACAGGUCGCUGGCCGCCUUCCAGCCGGAGCUGACGGACCACAUCGUCUCAGAGCACCUCCAGCAGCCGGCGUGCUUGGAAGUGGAUCCCUCUCACAAAGCCCUGAGGGUAAAUGCCUGUGACUCUGCAAAUCCUUAUCAAAAGUGGCAGUUUGGCAAUUACUAUGCAGACUGAAGGGAACACAGUUGAACCAGAAACACUGUGUUUUCAUCUUGUGAAUUCAGCAAGGACAUCUGUGCGACUUGUGACAGCAAUCAGAAAACUGGAAGUUCAUUUCCAAAUCAUAAUUGAAAUCCGUAAUUUAAACCAGCAUAUUGAGAGAUCAGAAUACCAAGAGCAGCACAUCUGGUUUAAUGAUGUCUGAAACAGAUAGGCGUGUUUUUCCCUCACUCUGGGAGACUUUGGCAAAAACUCAAAUAAUUUUCUGUAUCAGUAAAUGGAAAUAUUUUCUGAAGUCCCCCAUCCUACUGUAAGCAAACCUUCAUCAGUUCCCCUCGGACAACGGCAUAAGCUACAGAAAUAUUUCCAGGGCUUUGUAAACAGCAAAUUGGGCUGCUUAUUCUUCAACAGAAAAUGGUAGUUUAUUGACCAAUGCAUUAAAAAAAAAAAAAAAUCCAUCUGACAUGCCCAUGCUGGGUCUGGCCACAGGAUCCUGCCCUGUGGGACCCAUUGCCUCUGACAGAUGAGUAUCAGGGUUCUGUUAGGAAUCGAUCGCUUAUUGAAAAAGCCUUCUUUUAAUAAUGGGAGGCAAAUAUGAGUCGAUAAGCCGCCCAGCAGACGAGGUAAACCGGGGGCUGCGGAAGAAGCAACGAGCACGCCUUGCCCGCGCCCUGAGUACAGCGAGGACACGUGUGCCUUUGCUUUGCUUGGAGGUGAGAGGAGCUGCCGGGGAGGAGAACCGGGGGCUUAUCCUGCUUCUUGCUGGCAGCACACACCAGAGGCCGGCCGGGCAGCAUCGUGUCCCCGGGCGGCCGGGCUGUGCCCGCCACGGGGCUGCCGGGGCCCCAGCUGUGUCCCCGAGCCCCCGUGGCUUUUUCGGGGCUCACCCAGGACCACUGCCGCUUUCCUCGGCCCCCAGCCGGCCGGGGCAUUGGGUCGCGCUGGUGCCCGUGCCAGAGCCUGGUGAUGCUCGGCGCAGCCCCGAGCAGGGUGGCUCGCCCUGCUCCUGCCAGGGCCAUCCCAAGGGAAGCUUUACCCGCUGGCAGCAUGGGCUGGGCAGCUCUCCCCAUGCUGGUGUCCCCCCACCGUGGGCGGAGGGGGGGCAGAGACCUCCAGCAGGAUGUCUCACAACCUGAAACUUCUGCCCACCGGCGCUCAGGAUGGUUGAAAACAGCCGCUGAACUCAGUGUGGGCUUUUCCUCAAAAAGGGCUGCAGAACACAAGCGUGUGUCCAUGCGCGCGUGUGUGUGUUCAUGCGUUUCACAGGGACCGUUGCAGAGGUGAAUGCAACGUGACGAGACCUCACCCGGCACCAGCCGCCGCGCAGCCCGGGCUGCACGGGAUGGCCAGGCUCCGCACACCAGAACUUACUGUCACGGGUAAAUUUUCUUCUUGCUCUGAAACUUUUUAUCUCCAAAAGCCAUCACCACUUUUUUUGAAGGGACAGAUUUGAUAGGAGAAUAAAUUCUGCUGUGACAGGACAGAGAGAUGCAGGAUCAAUGCAUUCCAGGCAGGAUUUCUUUCCCCAUUUCCAUUAGGAAGUUCCCGCUGUGGGAGGAUGCUCCCCGUACAGCUGCGGUGUCGCUGGGGAAGGUAGCGCUUCUCCUCCUGCCCCACUGCCCUGCACUGGGGCGAGGGGCUUCUCCAGCACAAGCCGGUGGGGAUAUGCAGGGCUGAGCACCGCAUUCGCUUCUCACGCCGCUGUUGACCACAGCCGAGCCGCCACUGUCCCGCGUUCACAAACCCCUCGUACCUCUCCUUUGAUUUUUCAGAAGGCCCCGGCAUAACGUUACCUCUCACGUGGCGGAUCAAUGCUGACAGCGUGUGACAGGCUGAGUCUGCCAAAAUAUUGACUGGCCCAACGGAUUUUCCCAGUUGGCUCCUAUUCCAACUGUCUUCCUGAUUUUGUCUUCCUCCUUCAGCGCAACUAGCCUACAGUCACCAUCAGAAAAAUGACACAGAUGUUGUUUGUGCAGUCAUCUCCUAUCAGGAGCGUGAAUUUCAUCAAAUUCUGUUUGCUGACAUUCAAUCACUUGUCACUCAGUAGGCACCAAAUGGUCAUAUGUCACAGUCACAUCCCAUUGCCAGGCUUGUCACUUGCACUCUCAUUCCCCGUUUGUGUAAAUGCUCACUUCCACAUUGGUAUCUUUUGCUUAAAGACUGGAGCGUGCCUUCGGGGCUGCUGGCAGUGAGCUGUGGCCCUGCUGCUGCACAAUAUUGAGAAGCGUUCAGAUCAUACCAGUCAGUCUAGUCUUCCAGAAACGAGAGCAUUUUUUCCGGCACGCUCGGCUGACGUGGCAAUAGGCAUCUCGCUCCUCCCCGCCGAGCUGCCCCCUCCUUGGGCCAUCUCCACUGACGGUGCCUGGGUGUGCAUCGCACCUCGGGGCACUGGGAGGUUUUUGGGGCCGUGCAGGCUUUGUGAGCGUUAGGGAAAGGGAGGAAGGCGCCACGGGUGGGAAGGACCACCGCUCGGGCUGGGGACGGGAGCCACCGUUGUCCCAGGUGUUGACAUCGGGAAACAGACGCAGCUUUUCUGAACGAGAAUAAAUGCCUCCCGAGCUGUGGCAGAGGGGGGGAUGUGGCA